CGCAACACUAGCCGGGGAAAAUCCGCUAGUGAGUCAUUAUAUCCCACAGUCCGUGAACGCAGCAGUAGCGCGCGGAACAGAAGCAAACAUGGCUGAAGCGGUACCUGACGGUGAGGUGCAGGCUGUGAAGCCACCACCCAAACGCAGACGCAUCCUCGACCCCUCGGCCAUUGUCCCGGUGCCGGUCUACUCCAGCAAGGUGAGCAGCAGUCUGCAGCUGAAGCCGAUGGCUCCUGUGUUUACAGAGAAGGAAAACACAGAUGACGGUGCAGGUGGUGCAGAUGACAGUUUGUGGUCGCAGUUUUCAUCUCGAGGAACGACACCACCCGUCGUCGCCCUCAGUGACUCCGAGGAGGACGAAGCAGAACGAGUGGAGAACAAAGUAGAAGACGACAAACUAGAAGCUGUUCGCUGCCCGUCCCCUCCACCUCCUGAGAGUCCGGUCCAGAAACAGUCCAGACAGGUCAAACAGAAGAUCAGUGAGAUCGACCGGAGGCUCCGGGCCGUGAACUCCCUUCUGUCUCCAGAGCCUCAGGACAGGACCAGGUCCAGGCGCUGCAGAGGCGCCCCGUCUCCGACGUAUGAGGAGGAGCAAGACGACGACGACGUCAUCAUUCUGAGUCCUGACUCGGGCCUGCAGAGCUCACCGUACAGCUCCUCGCUCCGAGAGAUCCCGCUGAAGAUCCGCUGCCGAACGGACGUCCACAAGAUCCCGGUGACGUCUUCGACGCCUUUAAGCGACGUGUUGACCCAGCUGUCCGUCAUCCUCAACGUCCCGCCCCCUCGCCUCCUGCUGUUGAGGGAGGACGUGGAGCUGCCGACAGACUCCACCGUCGGCGAGCUCGGCCUCGGCAUCGCAGACAUCAUCGCUUCUUCCUGUGCAGAGUGUGUCGUCAUGGCAGCCGAGGACAGAAGCCAAUCAGACGACAGCCACAGCAGCGUCAUCACUGUUCGACUGCAGAGCAAAGACCGAGACUCUUCACAGGAGUUCUCUCUGCGCAGAGACGCUCCUCUGGGCUCCGUCUUCUCCCAGUAUCUGUCCAGGAUGUCUCCUGGCUCUCAGAGAAAAGUCCGGUUCCACUUCGACGGCUCCAAAGUGACGCAUGUUCAGACGCCGGCUCAGCUCGACAUGGAGGACGGAGACAUCAUCGAAGUUUGGGUUUAAAGCUUCAGAUUCAUUUCACUCUUUCUGUUACACAUUCUUUCUGUACAAAUCAAAUGUAAAAACUCUUAUUUGUAAAAGUCACUUUAUUGUAAAUGUUGAAAAUACAAAGACACAAUUUGAAACUGACAUGGGAUUAUAUUUUAGACACUGAUAAACUGCUACAGUACAGCA